AUGAACUGGCCCAUGAAGGUCGCUUCGGAAGACCUUACGCAUGAGGGUAGACUGGUGAUGGUGUUGGUGCGGCCGACCCUGGGGCCUCAAUAA